AACCUAGGAACCUAGUGUUUGUGUACUACAUGCUACCGCUUCCUGUGAACGUGACAACGCAGUCGUUUCAGCGUGAUGCUUCUUACUUUGCUGUCCAUUCACAGCAGGACCAUGUGCUACCCCCCCGUCUCGUCGCAGGCGGACAUGGCACAGCCUCACAGACGUGCACCGGCAUUCUCCAUUCACUGCACGCUGGCCAACGCAAAAACUGCCAAGUAGCCAAGUGCACAAGAAAAGAGCCCUGUUGUCUUUUCGUUGUUUUUUUCUUUCUCUCCUCCCUUCACCCGUCUUUGAUUUGUAAAUUCCCUCCGUUUCAGUGCAACAACUUCCCGGCUUGUAUCUUACGGCCAUCAAACAUUUACAUGAGAAAGUUGACAAAGGCUGCCACAGCGGAGGAGGCCUCGCAACAAAGAGGCCCAUUUAUAGAGUACAGUGAGAGGGAGAGCCACGGGGAGGGAGGGUAGGAGGAGAAGCUGGGAGGAGAGUUGAAUUAAUGAAUUAAAAAUGUCGUGAAAACAGCGGCCGUCUGAAGACUUUUGGGUUUAUAUAGAGAGGCGUGCAUGGCGGGGGGGUCGUGGGGGUCCUGGAGGAGUGGACAGCGCAGGCUUCUUUAAUUUCUCUCUGUCCGGGACACACAGGGCUUCCAGCUUCACACGCAGGAAGAAGAGCAAACUCGUCCGGUUACAUAAUGACCCAGUAACAAAGUGAGCCAGAACCGGUACCGCCAGCACCAGCUGGUGCUGGGAGACACCGACUCGCCGCCGGUUCAUCCUCAUCUCUCCCGGAGGGGGUGGGGUGUGGGGGGGGGGGGACGGCCUCUCCUGAGAUUUUUCAUGUUUUUUUUUUACAUUUUUUUCAUUUCUAUUUCUGUGAGUGUACAGGAUGACGACGACGUAGAGGUGCACGCGAGAGGGAAAACCAACAAUGUGACGUCAAAGUGAGAGGUGAUGUAAAGAACGCGCUCGGGCUGUCGGCGGGUGGGCGUCGGUCAAAAAACGUGAACUUUCUCCUCUUGCUUUCAAUCUUUUUUUUCCCCUUCGAGACAGAUCGAAUACCGGACAGUGAAACUAAUCCAAUCUUCCAAGUUUCCAAUCUGCGGUCCAAGUGAACGCAACAGAAAGCACCGGCCAUGACCUCAGCCACUCCCCCGUCCUCUGAAGGCUGCUCUCCUCAGAAAGUAUGCCACUCCCAGACGCAGACGGACAUCACCAAGCCCCUGCUGGGCUCCCCAGGAGGGACCGGAGGUGCUGGAGGAGGAACCGGACCCGGAGGGCCCAGCGCUCUGCGGAGGAGGCGCCGCGUCCUCUCGAAAGACGGGAGAAGUAACGUACGCAUCGAGCACGUAAGCGGGCGAGGGGCUCUGUACCUCCGCGACCUCUGGACGACCUUCCUGGACAUGCAGUGGCGCUACAAGUUCUUCCUCUUCUCCGCCACCUUCGCUGGGACCUGGUUCGCGUUCGGGGUGCUUUGGUACCUGGUUGCAUUGGUGCAUGGAGACCUCCAGGGUAAGGAAGACGGAGGGAGGAGGAUGGAGCUUUGUCUUUUUCCAUGUCGUCUGGCUGCGGAAGCACAAGACCUUUUUGUGCAAUAGUUAACAAGAAAGACACAAAGUCUUACAUUGCAGAGAGAGCGUGAGAACGAUCGGGCAGAACAUCGAGAGGGAACAAAAUGUUCUUUGAUAAUUUGUUUACAACCCCCUUAACCUUAGAUCCUCUAUUCUUCCUCUCUUCCUCAAGAGUUUGACCCCCCCUCCAACCAUACUCCGUGUGUAAUGGAGGUGAAGACCUUGACGGGAGCCUUCCUCUUCUCUCUGGAGUCUCAGACCACAAUUGGAUACGGUUUCCGGUGCAUCACCGAGGAGUGUCCUGGCGCCAUCAUGCUGCUCAUCUUUCAGCUGGUCAUCACCAUGGUGAUGGAGAUCUUCAUCACCGGCACUUUCCUUGCGAAGGUCGCCCGUCCCAAGAAGAGAGGCGAGACAGUGAAGUUUAGUCAACACGCUGUUGUUUCAAAUCACGAGGGUCGGCCCUGCCUCAUGAUCCGAGUGGCCAACAUGCGCAAAAGCCUGCUGUUGGGAUGCCAGGUGACGGGGAAGUUGCUUCAGACGUCGCUGACCAAGGAGGGCGAGACGGUGCGGCUGGACCAGCGCAAUGUGCCUUUCCAGGUGGACACGUCCAGCGACAGCCCCUUCCUCAUCAUCCCCCUGACUUUCUACCACACCAUCGACGAGAACAGCCCCCUCAGGGCCUGGGCGGCGAAAGGUGGCGGCUGGACGGACCCGGACCUGGCUGACUUUGAGCUGCUCGUGAUCAUGAGCGCCACGGUGGAGCCGACCUCCGCUACCUGUCAGGUCCGGACGUCCUACCUCCCGGACGAGAUCCUCUGGGGCUACGAGUUCCCCCCCGUCGUCUCCCUGUCUCCAUCGGGGAAAUACGUGGCCGACUUCACCUUCUUCGACAAAGUGGCCAAAACCAAAACGCCGCCGCACUUCAAGCAGGCCUUGCCGCCGAGCCCGCCGUCGCAGGCGUCCCGCCACCACAGAGGCAAGGAGGCCGGGACGGACCAGGAGAAGAUGCGACUGGAGGAGAACUACAGGGGGGAAGAGAACGGGCGAGAAAAGGGAGUAAAGGGAGAAAAGGGGUGCGUCCGAGAUAGCAGCCCACGCAGUGUGCGUAUAAGUAACGUGUGAGACAAUCGAGAGAGAGAGAGAGAGAGAGACAGGAAGUGGUAACAGAAAGCUGAUGAGAAACCGAGAUAAGAUAAAAGGAAGAACGGAAACAAGCUGCUCACAAAAACACACCAUCCCCACGAAACCCUGCGCCCACGCUCGUGAGAGAGACACACCUGGAUCCACCAGUCUGUGGGCUGUACAGUCCGACCGAACACGUCUGCAGACACUUCCGAGGGGGCGAGUUACGAAACCCGACGUGCACAAAUGUGCCGCACGAGUCGCCCGUAGAGGCACUCGUGUUCAUUCCCUCUUUCUUUUGGAAAAAGGACUUGAUGUACUGCAAGCGGAGGAUGCUACAAGCAAAAAUCCUCCGUCCUAUCAGGUCGUUUCUGUCAUGUAGCCCUAUAUGGGGUUGUACUAAUAACUUAAAUGUGAUUCCAAUAGAAAUCAAGACUUUUCUAGAAGCGGGCGUCUCUUCCUUGAACCUACAAGGAAAUGCGCAAAAGUUGACUCGAUUUCAGAAAUUGAAAAAGUUGAUUUCUGUUUCUGUUAUAAGAAAAUAAGAAGUCAACCGGGGCGACAAAUGGACUUGAUAAGAUUUAUUUUUCAAUUUUUAUCCGUGUAGUUAAACGUCUGAACGUCUUGUUAAUCACAUGAAUCACUGUACUGUUUUUAAAAAAAAUUUUUAUUAACAAUAUACCUGCAAAAGGUGGGCGAAAAAACUGGAACCUCGUUAUUUUUUUUCAUGAAGGAUUGUAUAGUAUUUGAUGUACCCAAUAGUCUUUAACAACAUCAUUACUUGUUGCACCUGAAAACACUCGUCUCUUUCAUACGAAUGUCUUUUUCUUGUUUAUUGGGGGAAAUAUAUUUUAGUAAUAUUACUAAAAAGCACUUUAACUUGACAUAAACGUGGCAUUUCACACAAGGGGGAUAACUGAACUAACUCCGAUAGUUAAGGCACUGUAAUAAAUGAUGAAAUCCUGUG